UCGGGAAAUCAACUGAAAUUUGUGACUGCUGCAGUAAAGAUAUCUUCAAAAUGGUAGUUUCCUGGCAGAUAGAACACAUGAAUGUAGCUGAAGAUAAUUCUAACCUUUAAGGUUGUAUAGAGACAAGAAUGAAGCCACUGGAAGUUGCAAGUAUAGCUGAUACAGAAGGWGAGAUGGAGUGUGAGCUACAUUCCAAGGAGUUCUUUGUACAGGUUGGGUUGCUUAUAGUAGAGGGAAGGACUCCUCAGCAUUCUGAAAGAGGAAGAAUUGAAGGAAAACACUGUGCUUCCUUAAAAGGAAAUACAAGUCAUGUUUGUGAGAAGAAAGACAAGGAGUGUGAAGAGGCACUUUCAUGGAGCCAGAUGAUGGAGACUCAUUGGCUUAGUAUGAAUCCGGUUUUGAUUGAUGUAUUGGUGCAAUUGACAAAAAAUCCAAAUACUACUAUAUUACUUGAGCAGUGGACAGUAUCCGUCAUAAGUACCAGUAACAACCMCAGCACAAGUGGUAGCCAGUUACUUCAAGCUGUGAGGUCACAUAUUCAUUUUUCUCAAUUGAGUGCAUGGUUAAGUCUGUCCAGGGGAGYCAUGCCGUACAGUAUCAAAUACAGGAUGAACAAUCAAGACAGUUUCUUCAUUGAAGAGCCUUCUUUACACAUAUUCCCUUUCGCAAGUUUACCUGGUCAACGAUCACUACAAGUUACUGUUAAGUCGCUACCGCGAUGUAGUAUGCAAGARCUAAUUGAUGCUUUAGACACAUCUAGUGAAAGUAUUGUAGAUACACGAUCACCUUUACGUAAAAGAACUUGUUUAAAAGAUGUUACUAGUAGAAGUGACAGAACUUGCUCCAUAACAACUGCAAAGAAAAGUCUGAACGUUUCAUGCAGUUCACGAUGUGACAAACAAAGUGAUUUAGAAAGUGAGAUUUUACCAUUAGAAAAUCUAGGAAAUGGUUGCACUUCAAAAAGUGAUAAAACCAAUGUAGAUAGUUACGUUUUGAAUUUAGGAGCUUCUUGUUCAAAUUGGGAAUCAAAUGGAAUUGGGAAUUUGAAUGAUCGAAUAGAAAAACUUGGAAGGGAGAUUGAUCAAAUUGAAAGGACUAUCCAUCAGACUGACUCAAAGUUUUCUGCUAGUUUAAGUAAAGUAUUGAAAAAUUCGGGAAAAGAUGAGUGUCAAGGUAAAACGUUAAUCAAAGACUCAAUGUUUGACAAAAAAACGAAUACUACUUGUGAAGAAGGGAAAAAUUGGAAGUCAAAUGACAUGACUAAGAURUUGCUUCAACGAAAAUUUCGCAGUCUCAGUGAGCAAGGCAGUUUAUCGACAAACAAUGGAGCAGCAAGUAGCAAUGAAGCAGCUUGUAGCAAUGAAGCAACUUGUAGCAAUAGAGCAGCUUGUAGCAAUGGGGCAGCUUGUAAACAGACCAUGCCCUUUGAUCGUCACCAGUGCCCUACUCGACAAGGUACCGCAUCAAAUUCAAGUGAUGUAGACAUCCAUGCCAUAAAACAACCGGUUGACAGAGCCUGUUUUCGACGGUCAGUUCAAUUACCUAUCGGCGCAUGUACAGAACCAGUGUUUAAUCCUAAAACUGGACUUCCUGUGUCGUCUAGUCCUGCGCCAUUACGUCGAUCUACUAAUGAACUUUACGAAGAUACGACGGACUUCACCGAUGGUCUCUCCAACAAAGUCGACUACAGAGAGCUGUCAAAACUGUUAAGCCGAAGUGCGCCGGCGUCAACAACGCAGAGUUUACUGGUCAAUUUUGAGGAGUCAGUUUUGAAUGGAAGAAUGGAACCAGUUGGGACAGUCGAGGGUUUUACUGCAGAACUAAGUGCGAGUGGUUCAUUUUGUCCUCGACACGUCAARUUGCCAAUCAUAUCGUGUUUUUAUAGGUUAUCAGAUGAUGAUGCCCCAUCUCCAUAUAUGGGUUAUAUCAACUUGAAGGAUGAGCCGUUAGGAAGACGAGGAUAUCAUGUACCUAAGCGAGGAACCGUACAGUUGACCGUGUUUAAUCCCAACAAGACUGUGGUCAAAAUGUUUGUGGUAUUAUAUGAUUGUUCUGACAUGCCACCAAAAUCCCAGACCUUCUUAAGACAGAAAACGUAUUCGGCAUUGAAAGGAAACGUCGUUAAGAAUGAGGUUCAACAGACUUUACAUUAUCUACUACAUCUGAGGUUUGCUAGCUCAAAGUCGGGUAAAAUCUACCUCCACACGGAUAUAAGAGUUAUAUUUGCACGUCAACCACCAGAUUUAGGACACUUAUAUGAACUAUACACAAUAACAGAUGGGCCUACAGACCCUAAAUAUACUAAGAGACACCAUGUAGUAAUGGAUCCUGAGUGUUAAGGACACAACAGAUGGGCCUACAGACCCUAAAUACAUUAGGAUCUCACAAAGUGUUAGACAAGAGUAUUGAAGGACUGGUUCAGCUUGAUCCAGCGCAACAUGGCAAAUAGUAAAAUUAUCUGCAUUUCUUUGUUUGCAGAAGGAAAAUGCACAAAUGAAAAUAAAUAUUGCAUAUCUCCCUGUUAAUAGUUUGGAGUUACCAUCGAACAGUCGUUUAAAAUUGCUGACCUAUAGGUUGGCAACCACGCCCACGGCUACGCCCUGGUUAAUUGACUGCAAUGAUGAUGAAAAACAAGUGAUCGAUCAAUAUAAUUAAAAGAUUUAUAAAGUGAAAUACUAUUAAAUUAUUAAUAAGUGA